AUAGCAAGCAACAAGUGGGGAACUGCCCCUGAUAACACGGGUCCGCGCAGUUCCUAUAUAUAAGGCAAUGAGCAGCAGAGCCGGCUACACACACACUGGCUGCUCAUCCUUCCUGGGAGAUGGAGUCCAUGCUGCACAGCAUUGAGGCGUCGCUGGGGACCGACUAUUACUCUCUGUUAGGAUGUGAUGAGCUCUCCACGGUCGAACAAAUUCUUGCAGAAUAUAAAGUUAAAGCCCUCGAGUGCCAUCCUGACAAACAUCCGGGAAAUCAGAAUGCAGUUGAAGAUUUUCAGAAACUUCAGCAAGCCAAAGACACCCUAAUAGAUGAGGAAAGUCGUUCACAUUAUGAUUACUGGAGACGGAGCAAAAUCAUGAUUCCAUUCUCACAAUGGGAAGCUCUGAACGAUUCUAUGAAAAUGUCAAUGCAUUGGGCUGUAAAGAGCAAAAAAGAAGCGAUGCUUGAGGCACCAGCCACGUCUUCAAGUGAAGCACAUGAUGACAUUUCAUUUAACGCUGAAGAAAAGAAAAAUCAAAUCGAUGAUGAAAACCAGGAUUACGUAUUGAAGAAAACCCUAGAAGAUAUAGAUAUGCUGCCUGUUACCAGUCCUGAAGGAAGCCCAGACAAGACAUACUGCCUUCUGAGCUUCCGCUGGUCGGCUGAGGCGCCCUCAGAUCUUCUUCGGAAAUUCAGAAAUUAUGAAAUCUAAACUCCUUUGUCCUGAAGUAUUAUAAAUAUACUGUCACUAUGUGUUAAUGUAUUUGUGAAUAGUAUUUUAUUGCAUGGAAUGUAAAUUAAGCACUUUUUUAUUUUAUGUAAAACAAAAACAAAAAACCUACAAAAUAUUCUGAUUGGCUCCAGAAGAGUAAUAAGUAUAUUAUGAUAUUUUUAUUAGCUAUUCUAUGAUUAUACAGCAUAUCACUAGACAUGAUGUAUGUAAUAGAAUCUUUUAUUUAAUGUCUUCGUUAUUGUCUGUCACUUAUGCUUGUAUUCUUUUGGUAACAGUUUCUUAUUCGCCUGUCUAUAGAGUUUAAUGUAUUUAACGUUACUGUGCGCACCAGCUAUUGUUACAUAUUGCAGAGAAUUCAGUAUGUCUGACCGCAACUGUUUAGUAUGUAUAUGAGAUUCCGUUGUUUUCUGAGCAUAUUCCUACUGUAUUUAAUGAUGUAAUUAAAAUGAUGGCACAAAAUUAUCUAGUUUACUUCAUGGUAUAUUUAAUAAUGGCUGAGUUACAUGCAUGGUAAUGUUCACCAAUAAAAAAAGUGAGAUGUAAUUCA